AUGGGAUCCGUUAUCCUCAACCACGUGCAGUCGGAUCAACUCGACAGCAAGAUGCUUGGAGGUUUCAAUGCGGACGUUUAUUCCCGCGCACCUCAACUAGAGAGAACUCGCUCUAGAUCGACUUCUACCAAUGCUACUCCUACUUCGACCGUCCCGCCGCCUCUAGGCUCUUCUCGGCUUCCCGCGCAACCCAGCGAUGUCCCCGCCUACAUCAACUCUACCUCUUCCAACUCUACCCCCUCUCACCCGCCAUCCAUGACAUCUCAACAUGCCUAUCCGUCUGAUAAUCCAUCUCACUCCAAUACUCACACCCCUCAGUACUCACACGGAAAUGCUCCUGCUGAAUCUAUGACAGCCCCACAGUACGCCCAGGCCUCUCCGGAUUCGCCACGCCUGCAUCCCACCUACCCAUCAAUGCAGUCGGUGCCAGGUUCUCUAGCAAAUUCUCCCAGUCGGAUCCACGUAAAGAGCCUCUCACAUAUCCAGAGUCUAGCCAGUGAAGAGUGGCUGGCACCACGUCGAACACAUGUCCCGGGACAGCAACGACAUUUCGAAAUCAGCUCCAUGCCUGUCGGAGACAUCAUUGAGAUGGUCGCAGGACUACUCACCAAGAUUACAACCACCAACGACUUGCAACACGAGCACAACCAUCGCAAUAUUCCCCUCCCCGAAGCCAGCAAUAACUUGAGCCCACAGGCUACCAGCGUCCUUGCAUUCCACGGCAAAAACGUUCCUAGUAUCACAAUCCUCAGUUACCUCACUCGUAUCCAUAAAUACUGUCCAACAACCUAUGAGGUCUUUUUGAGCUUGCUUGUCUACUUCGAUCGGAUGACAGAGUUGGUCAAUCAAUUUAAGUAUCGUGGGCAAACACCUUCGCUCGAUCACUCCGACCUUUCAUACGAAGCGUUUGAAUCUCCGGCAGGCCGACCGACACAUGAUUCUUCUAUGGUGACACCACCAUCGUCAGCAGGCAUGACAGCACAGGUCCCUAAGAGCCCAAACUCGUCCAUCUCACCAUCGUUAUACCCCCAUGGAGAAGAUGAUCAUCUCUCCCAAUUCUUUGUCGUCGAUAGCUUUAAUAUCCAUCGACUGGUUAUCGCAGGCGUGACUUGUGCGAGCAAAUUCUUUUCGGAUGUGUUUUACACCAAUUCUCGAUAUGCCAAGGUAUGUUAUCAUGCGUUCUACAGCUUUCUUACCCAUUUUCUUUACUCAUUUACUGGUAUGCAGGUUGGCGGUCUGCCAUUAGCGGAGCUGAAUCACCUAGAGCUGCAAUUUCUCAUGCUGAACGAUUUCCGUCUCGCUAUUUCAGUGGAAGAGCUCGAGGCUUAUGGGACACGGCUUGUGGAGUUCUACGCACGCGAGAUGGUGGUGCAGCAACAUGUCUCGGUACCUAGAGCUAUCAACUCGUCUGAAUUUGAUUCUGCUCCAGACGCGAUGUACAUGCGGAGCCGCGACAAGCGUCGGGACAAUCCCGAAGUCGGACAGACCCCGACUCCACCUUAA